AAAAUGGCAUCAAAAGUUCAGUGCAACAUGUGUGAUAAGUCCGUUGACUUUUCAGAGUUUCAAUCUCAUUAUGAGAGAUGCUCUGAUUUGCGUAAUAAUGUAGUGUGUGACCUUUGCUCUAAGUCCAUCGACUUAAUAGAGUUUGAUAGUCAUUAUGAAACAUGCUUGGGACCUAGGAAUGCUUUUGAGAUUCUUAUGAUCAAAGGAUCUAAAUCAAGUGAUCUCCAAGAUCCUUUAACGUCAGGUGCUUCCAAACGGCGUCGAUUGGAUACUCCGAUGGAACUAAGGAUUAUUGACUGUUCAAUUUGCGAUGAAAGUUACCCUCCGUCUAGGGAAAGACGACAUAUGAUGUCGGACAAACAUAAGAAUGCAAGAGCAGCUCAACUAGAGGAAAAUGAGAAAAAUGGAAACGUCAUUUAAAUUUCAACGGAGUCGCGAUUUCCUUUAAAAUCAUAUCGUGUUCACUCAAAUAAAAGUGAACAGAUUGAUUUAAAAGAGUUUUUUUAUGAUUGCAAAAAUGAUAUUAUCAAUUUAUUGCGUCACUGCAUGAGUGAGUACAGAUCCAUAAAAUACAAUUUAAAAGUAUAUGGAUUAUACGUUAAAAACACUGAUGAUGAAAGCUUAACAGAAACAAUGAAGCAUUUCAUUACUCCAUACAAACCAAUAUAUGAAAACGAGCUGAUUGAUGAUCAUCUAAAUGAUACAAUAGAAAAUUUGAUAACUCUCAGCAGUGAAUUCCAGGAGAAGGAUUCAGGUUGGGCAAUAAAGUGUUUUAAAUAUUUUUAACUUACCAUGAUAAAACUAGAGCAUAUCGCUGCAAACAGGUUUAUCCAAGCUCCCAAAAAAAUUAAGUCACGAAAUGCACUUAUAAAUGUUAAAAAUGACGAUGAUUUUUGUUUCAAGUGGUGUGUUUUAGCAUCAUUAGCCUAUGGAACACACCUUAAAACUAUAUAUCAAACAGCAGCAUUAAAAAAAAUUUCCCGAGAUAAGUUAACAAUACCAUCAUCCUAUCGAUGCGGAAACAUACGGCAAGACAUCAUUUAUUAUGAAGGAGUAAGAUUAAAUUUUUCCGGAAUUGAGUUUCCAAUAACAAGCAAAGGAAUCAAGCGAUUCGAAUCAGCAAAUGAGGAUUUUAGCAUCAAUGUUUAUGAAGUCGAUGAGAAUGGAAAAAACGUUGUGGGACCCACAGUGAGGACUAAGAAAAUUCGGACUCACCACAUAAACUUGCUUGGAAUUAAUAGUGAUAAUAUGCAAAUGAUGCGUUAUGCAUAUAUAACGUGCAUGAGAAAAUUAUGUUAUUCACAACAUAGUAAAUCCCAUAAUACGGCAUAUUUUUGCGAGAACUGCUUGCAAUUUUAUAGUACAACAAAUACUAUACAUGACACUAAAGAGUGUGGAAAAGUUGCUGCUUUGUAUCCUGAACCUAAUACCAAAACUGUAUUCAAAAGUUUUUCUAAAAAACUAUCUCCACCAGUAGUAAUUUAUGCUGACAUCGAAGCAGUUUUGGAAAAUUACGAUAUAAAUCUUAAUGAUCCAUCAAAAUCAUCAACUACUAUGGCACAGAGGCAUACAGCAUGUGCAGCAUCAUUUUAUAUUGUACAUAAAUACAAUGAACAUCUAAAUGAGAUGUGGACAUACGAAGGACCGGAUUGUAUCCAAAAAUUUUGUCAAGCACUUAGGAUGAAAACCGAUGGACUUUAUGAGAAGUAUUGGAAGUCUUAUAAAAAACCAAUCUACCAGUUUAACAUUUAGGAUGAGGAUAACCAGGAACACGGCGUUUGCUAUGCCUGCGAGAAACAAAUUUCUGAUGAUGAUCGAGAAAAAUUCUUUGAUCAGUUUACAGGUCAAUAUGUAGGUCCUAUUCAUAAGGUGUGUAAACAGACAGAUUAAAUGAAUUUGACUUCAAAAUGAAAUUCUUACCAGGAAAGGAGAACCAUGUAGCCGAUGCACUAUCAAGAGUAAAGAUUAACGAAAACCUACUUGGGGAAACCAUUAAUAGUGAUUUUGCAAUGGUCCAUAGCGCGCAAGAAGAUAAUGCAAAUUACAUUCCACUUACAGAGCGACCAAUCAAUUACUAUAAUAGGCAAAUAGAACUGAUUAAAGGUAAUGAGGAUAAGGUAGAAACAUCCCACAAUUUCCACAAGAUACUGAUAAAAAUCACAUAUACUGAAAUGACAGAGUCAUUAGCAAAAGAUAUAAUAAAGGAAUAUGUGUAAACCAAAAACAGUGCAUUAUAUUUCCAUAGUGAAAUAGACUUCCCACUGUUCCAAAGGGCAUUCCUAAAAAUAAUCAGUCCCAAUCACUUGAUGUGAAAAUGUGAAAAUCGAAAUCACUACCAGUAAAAACGGAGUUUCUGAUGAAGAACGGCUACAUAAAACGAUCAAUGACAAAUUAAGAAUUAUUUCAAGCGAGGAUAACAUAGAGAACAAGCUCACAAAAUUCGAGUUAAUUCUAUACACUUAUAAUCAUAAAUCGGUUCAUAAUACUACAAAAAGAUCCCCAGCUGAUAUCUUCCUGUACGCCGGACUACCAGAUUAUAACACCCAACUGAAUAAGGUUAGGAAGAUCAAUCAUUUAAAUAACGAUAGAAUCGACUUUGAAGUAGACACACGCUACAAGAAUGCACCCCUAGUUAAAACAAAAACAACCAAUCCGUUCAAAAUAACAGGGGAAAUUCGGCAGGUAGACUAUAAAACGAAAUUCAAAAGAAAGAAGAAGUCUAAUAAAAGUAAAUAUGAUAAUUGCAGAGUAACCGAAGAGAGUACUGGGAAUCUGGAGCUACAACAUGAUUAAGAUGAUAAUCUUACUAAUGUUCACCGUCCUACAGUCUACCGGAUAGAAUAUAGAGAUAGAUCCCAUCAACUCAAGGAAUAAAUAUCUCAUUUUCAAAACAGAUACCAUUAACAUACCCAUUAAUUAUGAAUAUCAUUAUUUAACAAUUAAUAUAACAAGAACAGAUGAAACAUAUCAGAGUUUACUAGACCAGGCAACCCAAUUUAAUAACGUAAUCCAAGUUCAAUAUUUAGUCGAGACAUUGCAACGUGAAUUCAACGGCAUAAAAAUAGCCAAAAGAAACAAAAGAGGCCUUUAAAUGCAGUAGGCACAAUUUAUAAAUAUCUAUUUGGAACGUUAGAUCAUAAAGAUGAUAAAGUCGAACUAGAAGGGAAAAUAGACAAUCUGGCUAGCCACAGUGUUCAAGCUAACGAAUUAAACUUAAAAUUUCAAGCAGUAAA